AUGCAAAGUGAAACACCAACAGACUCUAGUGAAAACAAUACUCAGAAUGAAAAAAUUGAAGAACUGUGCAGACCAAUGAUAUUAUCGGAUGAACAAUUGAAGCGGGUAAUGCAAGAGAUGCAUACUAAAAUGGAAAAAGGUUUGAGUGAUGAACCAGGUGUAAAAUCGUGUCUAAAAAUGUUACCAUCAUUUGUUAGAGCUAUACCGAAUGGCACAGAAAAAGGGGAUUAUUUGGCAUUAGAUUUAGGUGGUACCAAUUUUCGUAUAUUACUUAUCCGUCUGAAUGGUACCGAAGCUGAAAUGAGCGGAAAAAUUUACCGUGUACCAGAUUCUAUCAUGAAAGGUUCCGGAAUCAAGUUAUUUGAUCAUAUCGUCAAAUGUUUAGCAAAUUUUAUUGAAGAAAAUGGUUUGAAAGGUGCUGAUAAACUGCCACUUGGUUUUACUUUUUCGUUUCCAGUUUUACAAGAAGGUUUAGCAUCAGGUAAACUUAUACAUUGGACCAAAGGGUUUAGCGCAAGUGAUGUAGAAGGUAAAGAUGUUGUAGAAUUUUUACGCGAAGCUUGUAUUAGACGAAAAGACAUUGAUAUUGACGUAGCAGCAAUAUUGAAUGAUACCGUUGGCACUUUAAUGGCAUGCGCAUUUAAAGAGAAUAGCUGUCAAAUUGGAGUUAUUCUUGGUACUGGUACUAAUGCUUGCUACAUGGAGAAAUUAUCGAAUUGUCCCAAAUUGAAAAAAUUAAAAUUAGAUGAAGACAAAUAUCCAAACGAAAUGAUUAUUAAUAUGGAAUGGGGUGCAUUUGGUGAUGAUGGGUGCCUAAAUUUUGUACGUUCAUCCUAUGAUAUGCAAGUUGAUGAAAAAACAGUAAACCCAGGAAUGCAGCUAUUUGAAAAAAUGAUUUCUGGCAUGUAUAUGGGUGAAUUGGUACGUCACCUGCUAGUACGUUUAGCUAAGGAAAAGCUAAUUUUUGACGGUGAUUAUCAUUCAAUUUCACAACCAUACUGUUUUCCUACAAAGUUUGUAUCAGAAAUUGAAGCUGAACAAGAAAAUGACGCACCAUACCAGAAAACUAUGCAAAUUUUAGAAGAUAUUGGUAUAGAACGAGUAACUACUCAAGAUUGUUCAGUAGUCGCAUAUGUCUGCUCAGUAGUUAGUACUAGAGCAGCACAUUUAACUGCAGCUGCGAUCACCUGUCUAUUGAGUCGAUUACAAAAACCAUACGUAACUGUUGGUAUUGACGGAUCACUGUUUCGUUUCCAUCCAUACUUUGCCGAGAUUUUAGAUCAAAAAAUUAAUCAGUUACUACCUAAAAAUUUGGAGUAUCAACUUAUGCUUUCUGAAGAUGGAAGUGGACGAGGUGCAGCAUUAGUUGCUGCUGUUGCCAAACGUGUACGACGUGAAACACAAAGUGAAAACAAAUCAGCAAGUAGCAUUUUAGCUAAAAAGAGCCGCAUAAACUUGACCUUUAAACUUGAUGAACAGUUUGACAAUCAAGUGAUUUCAGGGAUUGAAAAAAUCAUGAUAUAUGCAAAUCACAUUGACGAUUGUUAUUUAAAUAAUCAUUAA